AUGCUUUGCCACGAACGACGACGCCACAGAGACUUACCAAAGACGUCGUUUUCGCAGCACACAGGGGUGUUCGAGCUGGCAACGCGCGUCAGCUAUAUCAACCUCAAUGGGAACGCUCGCACGGAACACUCACCAAGUAUCCCCGCCAACGACGGGGUGGGGGUGGGGACCACGGACGAGGACCACUCGCUAACGGACGAGGGCUCAGGCCAGCCCCAUGUGGACGAGGAUUCGGUUCCCGGGCUCCAGGUGGGGGUGGGCACGACGGACGAGGACGACUCGCUAGCAGACGUGGUCUCAGAGCAGCCCCAAGUGGACGAGGACGACACAGUUCCCGGGCUCGAGGUGGAGGUGGGCACGAUCGACGAGGACCACUUGCUAGCGGACGAGGGCUCAGGCCCGCCCCCAGUGGAUGAGGACGCGGUUCCGGGGCUCCAGGUGGGAGUGGGCACGACCGACGAGGACCAUUCGCUAGCGGACGAGGGCUCAGGCCAGCCCCAAGUGGACGAGGACGACUCGGUUCCCGGGCUCCAGGUGGGGGUGGGAGCAAUCGAGGAGGACCACUCGCUGGUGGACGUGGUCUCAGUGGGAGCCGGGCAGUCGUGGACAGUUAUGGUGACGGUGAAGGUAGGCGAUGUCGAGGACAAACGCCGGGUGCAGCGAAGCCACAACGGCCGCGCCAUCCAACUGCCCAGGUCCCAACUGCUGUCACGAUAUGGCAGCGGUCAAGGCAAGCGGCGGCGAGAAUUGAGGAACGCUAGCUAA